AAUCUCUUCAAAUUAUCUGAAGAGAUUACAAAAACAGGCAAGAUUGGGUUCAGUGACGGUUUUCACGAAGUCGAUCCUAGAGCGGAUGGAGCGUCGAAGGAAGGGCCUGAAGGUCCACCAGGACCCAAAGGCGACUCUGGCCCUACAGGACCCCAAGGUCCGCAAGGUCCAAAAGGAGACACCGGACCUAUCGGUGCACAAGGACCGAGAGGGGUAAAGGGAGACACAGGCCCACAAGGUCCCACCGGUUCAAAGGGUGACACCGGCUCGCAGGGGCCACAAGGACCAACCGGUCCUACCGGACCUACCGGUUCGAGAGGACCCACCGGCUCCGCCGGUGCAAGAGGACUGCAAGGUCCUCAAAGUGUGAAAGGCGACAAAGGUGACAAAGGCGACAAAGGUGACAAAGGCGACAAAGGCUCGCAAGGGUCUACCGGCCCUGCCGGUUCUCAAGGACCACAAGGGUCUACCGGUUCACAAGGACCAAGAGGUCCUCAAGGUCCUGCCGGUUCAAAGGGGGAUACAGGUCCGCAAGGGCCAAAGGGGGAUACGGGUCCACAAGGUUCGCAAGGACCAAGAGGACCACAAGGACCUACCGGCCCUGCCGGUUCAGCAGGGUCUGCUAACAUCGAUCUUUCAGAUUUGAAGAAGGCUAUAACUUUCACAAGCACACAUGGAGCAGACCGGCAGGUUACGGGGCUAAGCAAUCAACCACUCAACGGCACUGCCGCAAUAAAUGAAAAUAAACUCAACACCGAAUUGGGGAAGAAGGCAGACUCAUCGACUGUUUUGAACGGGUUGAGCGGCAAAGCGGAUACAUCAGCUGUUAUGCUCUUGGAUGGUACACAAAAGAUGACAGCUAACCUUGAUAUGAAUGGUAAAGAUGUGAUCAACACCAAGAGGGAGAACUAUCUAGGCAUGACGACACAACAACAAGCAACAUACGAGAAUUCAAACACGCUCGUCUCACGCUACGAGGCCGGUUCGAUCAAGAGACACCUGCAGGCAUAUCUCGAUAUGACAACACUCAGCAAUGUGAACCAGACUUAUGUUGAUAAUACGAAAAAGAGAAUACCGAGCUUUCGCAACUUAAACGACAAACAGAUUCUCGAUGCACGAAAACGGAAAAUCGCGAACCUGGCCGAUACCUUCUCAGAUAACGAUGAAGCUGUAAGCAAAAAGUAUGUAGACCAUUGCACAACAACUGCUACGAAUUUAGCAGCAACGAAGGUCGACAAAUCAGGCGAUACUAUGACGGGUGAUCUUGUGAUGGGUUCAAACAAAGUUACUUCUACACAUACCGCCGCAGCUGACGAACACUUCGUGUUAGUCAACAGGAAAUUUGUUGAAGACCGAUUAGCGCAUAACAUAGCGGGUCCUCAGCUGAGUAACGACCUCUCAUACAUCAUGAGCAGCAACGGCCAGUUCUCUGACGAGGACGACAUCACCGGCAAAAAUAUCACAGACCAGGUUGUGCUGUAUCCCACCAACCCCCGAACCAAACCGUUUGAUUUAAGCCUGGACACUAGCAAGGGUUAUUAUUCAUCUCGUUUUGGCGUGAAUAUGUAUCAGGCGGACAGAGGUGAAUAUACCGUCGUCUGUGAGGUGUGUUGGCAAUCGAGUAAAGUCGAUCCAAAGAGUGUGACUCUAACGGCAACCAGCAGUGUUGAAACAAUCUCCACUCAGCGCAGCAAUCAAUUUGAAAAUCACAUCAUCUCCCUCAUUCACAUGACUAAGUGGUCAAAUGCGACGCCAAACUACGUUAUGUAUGACGUUGUGAUCAAGAACAAGUCUGGCCAGUCAUACGACCAAACUCUCCCCAUCUGGGUGAUAGUUUAUGGAUCAAAGGGCUAUCACAACAGCUUGCCGAAAGAGGUGUGGACAAGUUGGUACAGCUUUGCAAGCGGUGGAGUGCAUAUUAAUUCUAAACUUACUCUCGAAUUUGAACCGACUGUCGCCUCUUCAGCUGUCACGAAAAAGUAUGUCGAUGAUAUAAACACAGCGUUGAGAAAGAUCUGGUAUCGAGGAAACUGCGCUCAUAACAAUAAAUCGCAGGUGAGUUUUUACGCAGAGCGCUAACGAUGAUUUCACGGUAAGCAGUUCAG